GUUCCAUUUCUGCGGGAGCUUCAUUCAGAGACUGAGAGACAUAGGUAUAGAUUCGGGUUACAGUGAGCGGGAUCUGCCUUUACCCACGCCGCCCGUUUCCGAGCAGAACAAGGACCAGGUCCCGAGUCGCUGAGCCCAGGAGAAGGAGAUUGAAGUUCCCAACAGUUUUGCCAGCAUGCCUUCUACGUGGAAGACGGGGACACAAACCACUAUCGACUUUCCCAAGAAGAAGUUUCCCCUGUGCCGCGCAGUGACUAAGGAAAUGCAAGGAUCACCGCCCAGGGACCAGAAGCAACCACUCAGUCCCCGGAAACGUCUCGGUGUUGAGAACCUGUGUAAUGUGCCACAGCCUCUAGAGUGUUCACCAACCAAACGGAAGAAGGAAAAUCAGCCUCUUGCUUUAUCAACCCCCAGAGGUCGAAAAUUAGAAUUUGGUGAGAGCCCAUUAAAACCGACAGGAAGGCACAGAUCACUCUCAGCCCAUAAAUCACCAGAGCGGACAGGAUGCCCCCUCAAUAAGGGGGAUGAGACUCCUUGUUCCGAAAACCAUCUUUGUGCGCUCUUGUCUCCCAUUGCAAGGCAUUUAAAACAGCAAGUUUCAGGUGCGUGUUAUCUACAGACCAAGCAGGUGUUGAACACAACCAUUCCUGAGCGCCUUCUCGCGCGUGAGCGUGAGACUGAAGCUAUCUCUCGGUUUAUAACAGAUCACAUCAGUGAGGAGAAGCCAGGGAGCCUUUAUAUUUCAGGAGCACCUGGCACAGGGAAAACUGCCUGCGUGGAACGAAUUAUGGAGGAUAUGAAGGAGAAACUCCGAGAUGCAGUCAUCAUUUCCAUUAACUGUAUGUCACUGAGGAGCUCGCAGGCCAUUUUUUGCUCCAUUGCGGACAAACUAAUUGGAAAAGGAAAACUCAAAUGUGCCAAAAAAGAUUUUCCAAAGAAACUGGAAAGAAAGCUUACCAGCAAAGGCCCAAUGGUCCUUUUGGUGCUGGAUGAGAUGGAUCAGCUGGACAGCAAGGCUCAGGAUGUCCUCUACACCUUGUUUGAAUGGCCAUGUCUCAUCAACUCGAGGCUUCUACUCAUUGGAAUUGCAAACGCACUGGAUCUGACUGAUCGGAUCCUGCCCCGACUUCAAGCCCGGCCCAAAUGUAAACCUCAGCUCCUGAACUUCCCGCCUUACACCAGGGAGCAGCUUGUCGCUAUUCUGCAGGACAGACUGAAUCAGGUUUCUGGGGAAAAGGUUUUGGACGCGGCUGCCAUUCAGUUCUGUGCUCGUAAGGUUUCAUCUGUAUCUGGCGAUGCUCGCAAAGCCUUGGAUGUGUGCAGACGUGCUGUAGAGAUUGUGGAAUCGAAUGUUCGAAGCCAGACCGCAGCCAAGCCAACAGUAAAAUCUGAACCUCCAGAAACACCAGCUCAGUCUCCAGGCCUGAAGAAGGUGGGUCUACCACACGUUUCCCAGGUCAUUUCCCAAGUAUAUGGUGACCGGAUGACAUCGAGCUCUGGGUGUGAUGAGUGCUUUCCUCUCCAGCAGAAGCUGCUGGUCUGCUCUCUGCUCCUCGUAACCAGACACUCAAAAGUAAAAGAAGUCAUGCUGGGAAAGCUCAGCGACACUUACAGUAAGAUUUGCAGACAGCAUCAGAUGACCGGGGUGGAUCAGUCAGAAUGUUUGUCACUCUGUAGCCUCUUGGAAUCCAGGGGAAUCCUCUCCCUCAAGCGAUCAAAAGAGGCUCGACUCAGUAAGGUGGCCUUGAAAAUUGAAGAGAGGGAUGUUGAACACGCUCUUCAUGACAAAGUUUUGAUGGGGAGCAUUUUGCAAGGAGGUCUUCCUUGAGAGUGCUUUUUAUUUGAAAGAACUUUUUAAUUUUAUGCUGUCAGUCAAAUGGGGCUUGUAAAAUACGACUGUAACCAAAGUAUUUUGUGCAGCAAGUCUGUUCCCUAUUUUAUAUUGUACUUGUAAGAUUGAACCUUGGGCUUUGAUGUUUUUACAGUAUUUUGUCGAGGUCGCACAAUGGUCAGUGAUGUAUUUCAGCAUCAGUUGUCAGUGAGUGCCACAAUUAACAUGAGCACUGUGGAUGGCCAUUAUAAAACUACUUGCAAUCAAUAAGUUCAUGUGAAAUUUUAAAUCUUUAAAACAGGGUGAUUUAUUUUAAGUGUCUGCUCUUCCAAUAGCUCCUGGCAGUCCAGAGCAAUGUCAGUGCAGGUAUAUCUUAAGAGUGUGAUGAUGUUUCACGUUGACUUCCUUUCCUCUGGAGAGGUAUGUCGAAGAUGGAUUGCUGUUGGUCACUGCAUCACCUUGAAUCACUUGUCUAAUUUGAAAUGCUUUUUGUCCUUUUUAAAGAUGAGACUUACAUAGCUGUUUUAACUUGUUUCUUUAAAGUUGCUGCUUCUUUGAAAAGAAGCCUAUUUUGACAUUAAAAGCUGAUGCAUAUGUUACAGAAUGAAGACUGGAGCACGUUUGACCUUAAGUUCCCUAUGACUACUUGGCGAAAACUAAUUGUUCCAUUCUUCUCCUUUCUUGCAAUGUCUGUAACAACCUCCCCACCCUGCUGUUUUUAUUGGGGUGUGGGUGGGAAAACCAAACCAGGUUUAACAUUUAGACUGUGUAUUUGCAGCGAGGGGCAAAAUAGUGUGUGUGUGAGUGACUGAUGCCAAGCUGACUAAGCAGGUGUAGAUGGCACCAAUGAUAUUGCAACACCAGGGCAGAGAAUGUGUUGGCGCAGCCUUAUAACUUUGUCCUGUACUCGAGGACUCCUUGGAGCUGUAAGCUGAGCGACAGCGACAGCACCAGCUCUGUCCCACCACUUUGUGCCUUCCCACUCCCAGCUCUGCGACAGGCAGCUAGGCACAGCAACUGUGUGGUCCUAGAGAGCCCUGCAUAGGUGCAAUGGUAAUAAUCACAGUUAGUGUGAAAAUAAUAUCAGAGAUAAUGGGAACUGCAGAUGCUGGAGAUUCCAAGAUAAUAAAAUG